AUGGAUGACACCGGCGGCUUCGACUCUGUGCAGUGGGAGAGGGACCGCAACGGGCAAUCUAUCGAAGAGUCGACUUCGGCAUCAGGAUUUCCCGCGCAAAGCUCGUUGCCUGACCGAUCCAUCGGUCAUAACCGGAGUGGGAGUACCUCAAGCGAACAGCAAGCGGGCGAGAAUGCGGACGCCGUUGAUCUCGCAGGCAUAGGUCCAGAAGGUGUACUGGAGUGCACCGUCGACACGCCGAUAAAAGAGAACGAUGGUACGAAAGACGCAUACGUCUCGUAUCUCAUCUCAACACAUACCGAUUUCAAGACCUUUCAGAGAACAGACUUCUCUGUACGCAGGCGCUUCACAGACUUCGUAUACCUGCGAAACUCGUUACACCGGGAUUUCCCAGCUUGUGCAGUCCCUCCACUCCCCGAAAAGAACAAUAUGGCGUACGUCAGGGGAGAUCGGUUUAGUGCCGACUUCAUGCAAAGAAGAGCCUGGUCAUUGCAUCGCUUCGUCAAGCGAUGUACUCAACACCCCGUACUGAGAAGAGCGCCGAUAUUCCUGCUGUUCCUGGAGACCUCGGAUUGGAAUGCACAGAUGCGACUCCGGCCUGGCCGCGCCAACACCGGCCAAAGCGAAACGUCACCCAAUGCUGCCCCAGCUGGGUUCUUAGACAGUGUCGCAGAUACCAUGCUUAACGCCUUUUCGAAAGUACACAAGCCCGACAAACGCUUCACCGAGGUCACUGAGCGCGCAAACAAGCUAGACGAAGAUCUAGGUAACGUCGAAAAGAUUGUAGCACGAGUCACAAGGCGGCAAGGCGACCUCGAAUCAGACUACGCCGACCUUGCCGUGAACAUGCGCAAACUGACGCCCCUGGAGCCGGCCAUUGAAGCGCCAGUACAGACGUUCGCAGCUAGCAUUGAGGAGACCUCGAGGGGAUGGAAGACGCUGAAGGACCAUACCGAUCAGAACUACCUGACCAGUCUGAAGGACAUGGAGUCAUACAUUGGCUCCGUGAAAUCAAUGCUGAAAACUCGAGAACAGAAGCAACUCGACUUCGAGGGCUUGACCGACUACCUGCAGAAAGCCACCUCCGAGCGUGAUUUACUGGCAUCAAACAACCCCUAUGCUCAUGGUUCCCCGCUCAACCCUGCGAACUUCAUCCGAACCAAGGUUGAGGAUAUUCGAGGCGUCGACCACGAGGCCUCCCGACGGGAUCGAGCACGCAAGCUGGAGCUGCGCAUUGAGGAGCUCAACCGUGAGGUCGACAGCUCCAAGAGCACAAGUGAGAUGUUCGACGAGCAGGUCGUGCGAGAGGUGGCGGAUUUUGAACGAAUCAAAGGCCUUGAGUUCCGCGAUAGCCUCGGUGCGCUGGCUGAGCAGCACAUCGACUUCUACCAAGGCGUGAUAGAGACUUGGGAGAGGUUCUUACGCGAUAUGGACGCUGAUACCUCGGUGAUCAAGGACAAAGGGAGAGCGCCGACUUGA